GAGAGUAGAAAAUUAGAGGAUACCUUCCUCCACUGCGAUAAACCUCCCUUUUCAUAAAGCUCCUCGUCUUUUUGACUUCAUUUUCCCCUUCCUCUCCCACAAAACCUUUUCCCGACCCACUAAAUGGUAAACUUGAAGUUAGCAAGAUGAGGUUAACUAACUUUUUGUUCACAUUCCUGCUUCAAGUCUGUGCGCUCUGGGAAGGGCUGCUCUCUCAAGACUUACCCAAGAAAGCUAUAGCAUUUCAAGAUUGUCCUGUGGAUCUGUUUUUUGUCCUCGAUACCUCUGAAAGUGUUGCUUUAAGGGUAAAGCCAUUUGGUUACCUAGUAGAAGAGGUGAAGACAUUCACCAAGAAGUUCAUUGACAAAUUAACAGACAGGUAUUAUCGAUGUGAUCGAAAUUUGGUGUGGAAUGCUGGAGCUCUGCAUUACAGUGAUUCAGUAGAGCUGAUACAAGGCCUGACUCGAAUGCCUGAUGGACAGAAUAAUUUAAAGGACAAAGUGCAGGCCAUACAGUACAUCGGGAAAGGCACCCACACAGACUGUGCCAUCAAGAGGGGGAUCGAAGAGCUCCUCAUUGGUGGCUCCCACCAGAAGGAGAACAAGUACCUGAUUGUGGUGACAGAUGGACACCCCCUGGAAGGCUACAAAGAGCCCUGUGGAGGACUGGAAGAUGCCGUCAAUGAAGCCAAGCACCUUGGAAUCAAAGUCUUCUCGAUUGCCAUUUCUCCUGGACACCUGGAGCCCAGACUGAGUAUCAUUGCUACGGACCAUACCUACCGGCGAAACUUCACUGUAAAUUCUGUGGAAAAUGUUGAUAAGUCCAUUGACACCAUGAUCAAUAUGAUUAAAAAAAAUGUGGAACAAGUGUGCUGCUCCUUUGAAUGUCAGCCUGCCAGAGGACCUCCAGGACCCCGGGGUGAUCCAGGAUAUGAUGGAGAAAGAGGAAAGCCUGGUCUUCCUGGUGAGAAGGGUGAUGCUGGAGACCCUGGGAGACCAGGUGAUCUUGGACCCGUUGGUUACCAGGGAAUGAAGGGUGAAAAAGGAGGCCGAGGGGAAAAGGGUUCAAGAGGAGCGAAGGGGUACAAGGGAGAGAAAGGCAAGCGUGGCAUUGAUGGCAUUGAUGGCAUGAAGGGUGAAACUGGAUUUCCUGGGCUACCUGGCUGCAAGGGAUCACCAGGAUUUGAUGGAGUGCAGGGACCCCCUGGGCCGAAGGGAGAUCCAGGCUCUUUUGGGGCUAAAGGAGAAAAGGGUGUAGCUGGAGCUGAUGGGGAACCAGGAAGACCAGGAAAUACAGGACCCCCUGGAGAUGAGGGCCAACCAGGAGAUCCAGGUCCCCUUGGAGAGAAAGGAGAACUAGGAGAUGAAGGAAAUGCUGGCCCAGAUGGUCCCACGGGAGAAAGGGGUGGCCCUGGAGAAAGAGGACCUCAGGGCACACCUGGGACCCGUGGACCAAGAGGCGAUCCGGGCGAACAAGGACCUCCAGGUGAUCAAGGUCGAGAAGGAGGCGUCGGAGCCACUGGAGACCCGGGUGAUUCUGGGCCUGUUGGACCAAAGGGUCACAGAGGAGAUGAAGGUGUUUCUGGACCUGGGGGUCCCAAAGGAGCCGUGGGACCUGUAGGACCACCUGGAGAUCCUGGUUUGAUGGGUGAUCGGGGUGAAGAUGGCCCACCUGGAAAUGGAACUGAAGGAUUCCCAGGAUUCCCAGGAUAUCCAGGGAACAGAGGUCCUCCUGGCAUAAACGGCACCAAAGGCUAUCCUGGUGUCAAGGGUGAUGAGGGAGAAGCCGGUGAUCCUGGUAAUGAUGACCUCAACCCUGGGCCUCCAGGAAGAAAAGGAGCCAAAGGUCACAGAGGCCCUGAAGGCCCUGCUGGACCUCCAGGACACACGGGGCCUCCUGGACCAGAUGAAUGUGAAAUUCUGGACAUCAUUAUGAAAAUGUGCUCUUGCUGUGAAUGCAUAUGUGGGCCCAUUGAUCUCUUCUUCGUGUUGGACAGUUCUGAAAGCAUAGGUCUGCAAAACUUUGAGAUUGCCAAAGAUUUCAUCGUCAAAGUCAUCGAUAGGUUGAGCAGAGAUGAACAAGUCACGUUUGAACCUGGGCAGUCCAAAGUCGGUGUUGUACAGUACAGUCACAGUAAAACUCAGGAACUUGUGUCCAUGUCAGAUGUCAACAUUAGAAACAUCCGCGAUUUGAAAGAAGCCGUGAAGAACCUGAACUGGAUUGCCGGUGGCACCUUCACUGGAGAGGCCCUGGACUUUGCCAGUAACACCCUUGGUCGACCUGAUGGGAAUCAGAGAAUUGCCAUCGUUAUCACCGAUGGGCGAUCUGACACAAAGAGAGAUCCUACUCCCCUCAAUGCCCUCUGUCAAACAGGAGCCCAGGUUGUUGCAGUAGGCAUAAAUGAUAUAUUUUCCAAACCUUCAAACCAAGAGGGACUGAGUGCAGUUACAUGUACAGCCCCAGCUCCCGGUCAGAAAAAAGGCUUAUCCAUUACAAAAGAAAAUUAUGCCGAACUGCUGGAUGAUGCUUUCCUGAAGAAUAUUACCUCUCAGAUCUGCAUUGAGAAGAAAUGUCCCGACUACACAUGCCCAAUCAAGUUCACCUCUUCGUCAGACAUCACUGUUCUGAUGGACAGCUCUACCAGCGUGGGCAGCCACAAUUUUAAAACCAGCAAACAGUUCGUGAAGCGCCUGGCGGAGCGAUUCCUCACCGCCGACAAGACCGACGCUGCCGACGUCCGCGUCUCCGUCGUCCAAUACAGCGGCAAGAACCAGCAGAAGCUAGAGGCCCAGUUCCUACAGAAUUACACAGAGAUCGCCAGCAUCAUCGAUGACAUGGAAUUCAUCAAUGACGCCACAGACGUCAACGCUGCCAUCCGGUACGUGACGACCCUCUACCAGAAAUCCUCUCCGAGUGGGGUGAAGAAGAGGCUGCUGCUCUUCUCCGACGGUAAUUCCCAGGGAAUCACUGGGCGGGCAAUCGAAGCUGCAGUCCAGGAAGCACAGCGAGCCGGCAUCGAGAUCUAUGUACUGGUGGUGGGCCGCCACGCCAAUGAACCCAACAUCCGAGUCCUGGUCACGGGCAAGACCACGGAAUAUGACGUCAGCUAUGGAGAGCGCCAUCUGUUUCGGGUGCCCGACUACCAUGCCCUACUCCAAGGGGUUUUCUAUCAAACAGUUUCCAGAAAGAUCUCCAUCGACUGAAAAGGAGGGCAUAGCCAGCUCCAAGGGCAUGUUGUAUAUUCUUCCCUCCCCCCCCCCACCAUUUUCCUAUUCCUUCCCCUCCUUAAAAAUCAAAAAUAAGAUGUGGUUAACGUUACUCUUGAGCCACCUGAUGAACUUGCUUUAAGAAAGAGAAAAGAAUGGGACGUCACAGAAUGAUAGUUCAUUUUAUAUGCACAGAACUUCACUCCCUACUCUGCAGCUGCCAACUGUAUCUUUGCACCCAUUCCUUUAGCCUUCAUUUCCUCCCACCUCUCUCCCAGCCCCACCCAAAAUUAAAAGGCCUGUCCAGACAGGGACAUUUUAACAUCUCAAUAGGUGUCCUAUUUAUGGUAAUGCUCAACAAGUAAAGGAGAAGCAGUACAUUUGGGGUAUCAUUUUGCCUUUUUUGGAGGUUUAUUUGCAGCCUUAUUUUUUACCUUCCUUACUUUUUAAAAUGAUUUUUUUUUUUUAAAUAGGACCAUAAGGUGGGUGGGUGAGAGGAUUCUUGUUUUCUGUCUGUCAUUUCACAGACUAGGCUUGAGGUUUGCCUAUUAUUACCUAUUAACAUUAAUUCUCAUAAGGUUUUUGCCACUAACAAAUUUCAGUGCCUAAGAGUUCACAGACUCAAAUCCAUGUGGCCCAAGGUAAUGACGAUGCCAUGGAGGUAAAUGAAAGUUGGUCAAAGGCCAAUAGGGAAUAAUGAAGCGGAAUAUUUUACAUCACUAGGCUAAGUGGGGUUAGAGCUUGCAAAAUUAUGCUUUGGAAUAUUUUGUUUUUCAACUGCUUCUUGCCAACCCUCUCGUGGUCCACAACGGAGUAAAACAAUUAUGUGUUAUUGUAAACGUGAAAAUAAAGGUGCUAGCCUCCUCUCCCAGGAGUUAUUCUUCCUUUUGUGUUUACACAUUGAUUUUUCAAAAGAUGUGCUUAAGGUCUUUGGAUUGGAUUGGACACAGAUUCAUUCACUGUUUCCACAGUGUCCUUGCUCAGAAAAGCUGUUUAAAAAUAAAUGCUAUGGUCUGUUUUACGUUGUAACCAAGAUCCUUUUUAGCAGUUCAGUUUUUACUCUUGUGUUUUGCUGAAUUGUGUCCAUUUCAGCCAUUUGUUCCAAUAAAUUGUUUUCCACAAAUCCUCA